UCGUUUUGUGUUUCUGUGAAUACUCCGCCGCUCCGCCUCCUCCUUCUCUCAAACUCAAACCCCAAAUCUUUCCACCUCUCCAUCACCAAGCCGUCGCCCCUCCACGCCGUCAGAGAGAGAGAGCUCCCGGCCCGUUGCCCCUCAGUCCUCACGCUUCACGCCGUCGCCCCCCCCCCCCUCAGCUUCACGCCUUCGUCUUCACGGCUCCAGCUCCAGGAGAAAAUGGAGAUGGGCCUUGAGAUGGACUCUGUAGAAGGGUCACCACUUCUUAAUACCCUAAGACUAGAUGAAACAAAACCUGCUUAUGUAAUUUUCAUUUUAAUACAAUGACGGAUCCAGGAGUUAAAUAUCGUGGGGUCGGAAAAAAAUUGAGUAUAAUAGUAAAAUAAUUAAUUUUUAAAAAUAUUUUUAAUUUAAGUAUUUAUAUUUUGGAAAUGACCUAAUGUUAUCUAUAAUAUCAAAAAUUUAGAAAAUUAAAAUAAUUCAAAUAUGUAUAAUAAGGUUGAAAUGUUAAAUUAUAUUGUAAAAAAUUUAGAAAAAAAUAAAGAAAUAUCACUGUAUAUUAGUAUCAUUAUUCAAGUACGUGUUUAAUUUAAAUAAAUUAAUUAGUGGAAAUAUCAAUAAAGUAUUUUAUAUGUUAAAUUGAUUAAAUGGUUAAAUUGUUUAAAAGUGAAGUUAGGCCAAUAUCAAUACAUUUUUGCUUGAUUAAUUUGAAAUACUACAAAUAAAGAAAUACAGUAAAAUUUUAAAGUUUAUUUAUAAAAUUUGAAAUACCACUAGAUCACUAGAGUAGGAAUGUGUCAAUUUUUCAUGGUGCCACCUAUUUUCUUCUAUUUAAAUUUAUAGGAAUAGUAAUCCCUCUCUCCUCACCACAACAAGCACGUAUCUCUGAAAACAAAUCUGAAAAGGCCUCUCUGCCUCUUUCAUUCUCGCCUUCUUGGUCGCCGCCUCCAUUGCCGCGAUGCUGCUGCCGGAUUUCAGACACGACUGCCACAGCGUAGUUCCUCCUCAUCUCUUGCUCACCUCAUCAUCAAUUCUCUAUGUUGGGUAAAGGGGCGAUGGGACGGAAGCAGCAGUCCGGGGGCGAUGGUGGGGUCGGCCGACCCCACCUGGAUCCGCCGCUGUUUUAAUAUAUGCAGGAUAAGGAAUGACUAAAAACCUAGACCUCUUUUGGACGCUCAAUGAAAGAUGGUUAAUCUCUCGUACAACAGACCAAAUACGACUAAGAACCAGAUAUAAGGAAUUGUAUCAACAAGAUCUAUACAAAUUUACACUAACUCAAGGUUGUUUCAAGAUCAUGUACACCAACACACAAGUUAGUAUAAAUAAAAACAAGGUAAAACUAAAUGAGGUAUGAAGAAUGGUAGAACUCGAACUAAAACCACGAUUGCCGCACAAACAAAUUUCACACAUGAAAAACCAUUUUUACCGAAGAUCACAAGGGAAAACGGUUCAAAUAGCCAAAACGAAACCCUGGAUCGCGUCGACUAUCAUUAUCAAACCGUCAGUUUAACACCACAAAGAAGACCUCACAGGAAACACCCUAGAACAUUCGAACUCUCACUUAUCGGCUGACAUAACGAUGAACCCAAGGGUAACCCGCUAGGAGAUUCCAAAAUGAGGUCGCGCAGAGAAUCAAAGGAAUUGUUCGAAGACGAAGCAAAUCACUCAUAAAUGAAGAGAGAGAAAAUUAGCUAGAGUGCCCAAAUAAGAGUAGGAGAGAGUUUAUGGAAUGAAUGCAUGGUUGUGAGUGAGGAUAAAGAGUGAAUCCAUGUGGAGCAACAGGAACCGGUCAUCAAGCAAUCCGGAGAUGUCUAAAGUAGUGGGCCAUAUAUUUCACAAUAUUACCACGUCCACGUGGCUUGUGAGUGUUCAAACAUGAGACCCGAGUAUGAUGGCUCCCCUCCAACUUUGCCGGGAAAACAAAACAAAUACUCACCUCAUUUCUGGUAGUUACGAACAACACAAAAUCACAGAAAACGAGAAUCUAAUCUAUUCUAUUAUGGAUAAAAAAGAAAAGGCAAAAGAGAAAAAGGAAAAGAGGCGCCAAGAGAUCUCUCUCCUCCGUACCAUCCCUUACACCGAUCAUCAAAGAUGGUGGACCUCGGAAACGAUAGCUGUGGUGACCGGUGCAAAUAGGGGGAUCGGAUUUGAGAUAGUGCGCCAGCUCGCGUUGCACGAGAUCACAGUCAUCCUCACAUCACGAGAGACGGGCGUUGGACAAGAAGCGGCAAAGGUCUUGCAAGAAGGAGGUUUGAAUGUAGUGUUUCACCAACUAGACAUCACAGACCCUCCAUCAAUCCAAUCAUUUGUUCAAUGGCUCAAGCAAGAAUAUGAUGGUGUAGAUAUAUUGAUUAACAAUGCUGGAGUGAAUUACAAUGCUGGAUCAGACAACUCUGUGGAAAAAGCUGAUCAAGUUAUCCAGACAAACUAUUUUGGCACCAAAAACAUGAUCAAGGCAAUGGUUCCUCUUAUGAGGCCUUCCGAGCCAGGUGGUCGGAUCAUUAAUGUCAGUUCCAAAUUGGGAAGGCUCAGCGGGAGAAGAAAUAGAAUUGAAAAUGCGGAAGUAAGAAAAAAGCUUGAAAACGAGGAGUUGCUGUCUGAGGAGUUGAUUGAUGGAGUGAUGGAUACAUUCUUGAAACAAGUGAAUGAUGGGAGUUGGAAAGAAGGUGGAUGGCCUAAUGUGUUUACAGACUACUCUUUGUCGAAACUGGCGGUUAACACGUACACAAGGCUGAUGGCGAGGGAGUUUGCUAGUCGACCAGAAGGGCAGAAGAUAUACAUCAAUUGCUACUGCCCUGGGUGGGUGAGGACCGCUAUGACUAGCUGGGCUGGACAUAUUAGUAUCGAGGAAGGAGCUGACACAGCCGUGUGGCUUGCCCUGCUUCCUGAUCAGUUUGUGACUGGCAAGUUCUUCUCCGAGAGGCAGGAGAUCAACUUCUGAGGUACAUGUUGGGGUUGUGUGAACUACAUUUCUGUUGCACCGGCUCCCGCGUUUCGUUAGUAUUCGGGGAAACAAGGCAUGGAGCAUUGAUGGUAUAUAUGUCUGUUUGUGUUUAAAAAAAAGGAAAUUUGCACUGAUUUGCAUUAUGGGAAGAGUUCGGAGAUGAAACGAGAGCAGCAUUGUACAUCUGCGUCGUUUCUGUCUGUUCUACUAUUGGAACUGGUUUGCUUUUGCUUUCGGAAUAUGAUACAAGAACAGCAGUCAUUUACAACAAGAAAAGUGGAUUUUUGGGUAGCUUUUUAUUUUUUUUUGGUUUUGAUACUAAGAUUUAGUUUUGCAAGUGAUAGAAAUUUAUG